CAAGUGCGAUUGUUUCCAGUUACAUGCAUCAACAAAUUUUUUUGGACUUCUUAGUCAUAAAAUUUAGAAGCAUAAUUAAUUGUCAUAAAAUUUGUUUUUUAACUUCUUGGUGGCUAUCAUGUUUGCAUUUUCCGUCAGACGUUUUGGCGUGACUGCGUUAGCAUCACAUCCACAACAGUUGCGGAGACAAAUAACUGACAACGCCGAAGGACACCGCAGCGCCGCCUCUGUGGUGGUGCGCACAGCCGCCCCAAUCCGCCUUUGUCUUUCCCGUUCUCUCUCCCAACCAACCCUAUCUUUCUCUCGCCCGCCGCCACCGCUUCUGCAAUGAAGUGAAACCCUAGUAGGUCUCCUUCCUUCCUUCCAUGGCUUGUUUUGGCGACGAGGUCCUCCGCUUCUCCCUCUCCGACAUGCUUUCCGGGUGUGAACUUCUCGAAGAACAGGACAUUCCUGACUCCAAGCUGAUGGAGUACAGGCUAGAGAGGGUUUUCCCAGUUUAUGCCAUGGGGCUCACCAAGCCCGACCCGGCUGCGCUCGUGCCUGCACUCCGUACGGGCUCCGCCGUAGAUGAUCCCAUUUGGGACGCCGUGAGGGAAGAGGCCAAGUUGGAGGCAGAGAAUGAGCCAAUUUUAAGCAGCUUCUUGUAUUCCAGUAUUCUGUCGCAUGAUUGUUUGGAAGGAGCAUUGGCCUUUGUCCUUGCCAAUAGACUUAAAAGUCCUACGCUCCUGGCAACACAACUAAUGGAUAUAUUUUGUGAUGUUAUCAUGGCUAAUCAAGGUAUUAAAUGUGCCAUUCGCCUUGAUGUGCAGGCAUUUAAAGACAGGGAUCCUGCUUGUUUGUCGUAUUGCUCGGCUCUCUUGUACCUUAAGGGUUAUCAUGCUCUGCAAACACAUCGUGUAGCAAAUACUUUGUGGAACCAGGGGCGCAAAGUUUUGGCACUAGCACUACAAAGUCGAGUUAGUGAGGUUUUUGGAGUUGAUAUACAUCCAGCUGCAAAAAUCGGAGAAGGGAUACUGUUGGAUCAUGCCACCGGUGUAGUCAUUGGUGAAACUGCAAUCAUAGGGAAUAGAGUUUCACUGAUGCAGGGUGUAACCCUGGGAGGAACGGGUAAAGAAAUUGGUGAUCGUCAUCCAAAAGUUGGUGAAGGUGCGCUGAUUGGAGCUAGUGCAACUAUACUGGGGAAUAUAAGAAUAGGUGAAGGUGCAAUGAUAGCUGCUGGUUCACUUGUAUUAAAGGAUGUCCCUCCUCACAGCAUGGUGGCAGGAAUACCAGCGAAGGUGAUUGGUUAUGUAGAUGAGCAAAUUCCAUCUCUAACAAUGAAACAUGAUGCCAGCAAAGACUUCUUUGAACAUGUAGCUGUUGGACAUGUAGGGGGGAAACCUCCAGGAGAAUCGGUGCCACAAUGAAAUGAUGAAGGUGCUUUGGCAAUCUGAGACCCAAAUCUCCGAUGCAAUGCUUUUGAUUUGCAAAAACAAAAUUAGGAAGCAUGUUAGAACGCAAUUCAUAUGUAGACUUGGUAGGUUAUUAAUAAUCAUUUAUUUCCACUGUAACAUCAUUGUUGUAACAUUAACAUACAUAUAUUGGUUGCGCAUUAAUUGCUCAUGCCCCCCUGUGGUUAUAUUUUU